GUCAAAGAUGUAUUAAUCAUUCUUUCACAAUCCAUCCGGCCUAACUCAGCAUUCAAUGUCUAGCCAAACCCACACGCAGUUCCUCGAAAAAUGGCUAACUCUCUGCUCCUCCACAACCACCACGGCCACCGCCAAUUCCGCCUCUAAAACCACCGCACGAGCCAUCGUUCAAGCAUGGACCACGCUCCGCGACUCUCUUCAAUCCCCUUCAGCCGAAGAGCCCCAGCUAUUACACCAAAGCCUUCAAACCCUAGUAAAUUCCCAGUCCUCCCUCCACGUGGCAGAACCCCAAGCCAAGCUCCUCCUCACUCUUCUGCAAUCCGCCACCUCACGUCGCUCCUUUCCCCUCCUCCUCACACUCCUUUACGUCUGGGUUCGAAAAUCCCCCAACCCCAAUCCCACAAUCGUUGAUUCCACACUCAGAAUUCUCUCUUCAUAUGUCUCCGAUGAUGCCAUAUUCCCUGAAAGUCUUCUCCUUUUGGGCGCUUUCUCCUCCUCGCGUACCGUUUCUGAGAAAACCAAGACUCUUUGUUUGGACAUGAUGGUGAAACUGUUGGCGGGGGUGGACAAGGGUAAACUGUUUUCUGAAAUGCCGCGUGUUCUUGCUGGAAUUGGUUACGCUUUGUCGUCUUCAGUGACUGUUUACUGUGUGGAGAUGUUGGGUUUUCUUUUUAAGAUUUGGGGGAAGGGAGAGGGCUGUGUUGCUCAUGGACUCAUGGUUCUUUAUAUGUUUGAUUGGGUUGUGGAGAAUUUAGUUGGUUUUGGGUACUCGGAUAAGAUGGGUGUUUUGGUUCGAGAAGGUUUCGGUAGGUUUAAGGAGGAACAUGCUUCGUUUGCGGUUUUCAUGGCCGCGGUUGGAGUGUUGCGGGCUUUGGAGAGACGAGGAGUGGGAGCUGAGCUUGUUUCUGGAAUGGGGGUGAAGGAUUGUGUGGUUGGUGGGACUGAAGGUUUGGUUAGUGAUUUGGUUUCGAGGAGGUUGAGGUUUGGUUAUAGUGGUGAUAAUGAGGGCGAUGUUGAGGAAGACAGGCUUUUGCUUCGGUGUGUGUCGUUAGGAUUGACUCGGACUGUAGCAUUUUCGGUACAUUCGUCUUUGUUUGUUUGUCUUGCUUUAGCGUUGCUGAUUGAGAUAUUUCCUUUGCCGCGUUUGUAUCAAUCGGUGAUUGAGAAGUCGCGUGAGUCUGGUGGUGCGGAGCUUAAGGAGAUCAAAGAACAUUUGAAUGGUGUACUGUUCAAGGAAGCAGGAGCUGUGACUGGGGUGUUAUGCAGUCAGUAUUCUUUAGCUGAUGAAGAAAGUAAGAACGUGGUUGAGAAUCUUAUGUGGGAAUACUGCCGGGAUGUCUACUCGGGACACAGGCGAUUGGCUGUGAUGCUUAAGGGUGAGAAAGAUGAGUUGCUUGAAGGUUUGGAAAAAAUUGCAGAAUCUGCUUUUCUUAUGGUUGUGGUGUUUGCUAUGGCUGUAACAAAACACAAGCUGAACUCCAGUUUUGCUCAAGAAAUACAGAUGGAUGUCUCGUUGAAGAUACUGGUUUCAUUUUCUUGCAUGGAGUAUUUUCGCCACGUCCGUUUGCCAGAAUAUUUGGAGACCAUUCGCAAGGUGGUUGCAGGUGUUAAGAAUGAACAUGCUUGUACUUCUUUCGUGAAUUCCAUGCCCUCUUAUGCUGACUUGACAAACAGUCCAGACCAGAAAACCAAUUACAUAUGGUCAAAGAAUGAAGUGCAAACGGCUCGCGUUUUGUUUUGCCUACGAGUCAUUCCAACUUUCGUUGAAUGUUUGCCCAGUCUCGUGUUCAGAAACGUCGUGGCUCCAAUUAUGUUCCUAUAUAUGGAGCACUCAAAUGAUAAAGUAGCUCGAGCCUCUCAUUCUGUGUUCAUGACAUUUAUGACUACGGGGAGGGAUUCUGAAAAGAAUGAUGAAGCUUCAUUGAAGGAGCAGCUUGUUUUCCAUUACAUGCAGAGAUCCUUAUUGGGAUAUCCUGGUGUUACUCCUUUUGAGGGUAUGGCUUCUGGGGUUGUAGGAAUGGUCCAACAUCUUCCUGCUGGAAGCCCUGCCAUCUUUUAUUGCAUUCAUAGUCUCGCUGAAAAAGCCAACAAGCUCUGUUCUGAAGUCUUCACUUGCGAGACUGAUGCGUGGAAGAAAUGGCAAGGGGAGCCAGAACCAAGCAAGAAAUUAAUGGACUUGCUUUUACGCUUAGUUUUCCUUGUUGAUAUACAAGUCUUGUCCGACUUGAUGAAGCUAUUGGCACAGCUGAUCACCAAGUUACCACGUGAUGCACAGAACAUUGUUUUAAAUGAGUUAUAUUCACAAGUGGCUGAUUCUGAUGAUGUUGUCCGCAAGCCCACACUGGUUUCAUGGCUUCAGUCGUUAUCUUUCCUUUGCACAAAGGCCACAGAUCAAAAUGCAGCCAACCGAAAAAGUGAAAGUGGAGGUAGUCUAACUUUGGCCAGUAUUGCAGAUCCAUCAAACAGCGGAAGAAUAACUGCACGACUUUAAGUAACAGAUUCAGUUCGCCAUCUUUUGUUUGAGCCUAUCAAUUUGUUCUGUAGUUUUAAAAUUAGCUUUGGCCAUGUUCAGAAAAGAUACUGCAAACACUGCGUGAAAAUUAUGCCCUUCAAAGUUUUUAGUGCUGGAACCAGAUGCUUGUUUGAUCGGCCUUCAGAAACCUGGGUCUAGGCGAGGAAAGGGACUGUUUUAAUCAAUAUUGUUUUCUUGUCAGGGAAGAAAAAUGGCAGAUACAAAUCAAGAUGUGAGCUAAAUUAAAAGUCUGGUCACAACACAAACAAACAACACGAACAUAGGGACCAUCGAGGGAAAAUAGGGAUCACCAAGAAAAAGUGAAGGCCAACGAGAAAAGAUAAUGAAGAACAAAGAAUACGAGAUGGAACGAGAGGAGUGCAGGGUAAAGGUGUUUUGUGGAGGUGCCGGAAGAAGAGAGGGAGGUGCAGGAAGAAGCUCGCAAAAUAAUUUUAGGUCAAGAAUUUUUAAGGGUGAAAAGAUUUUACUUUUUGUCAGAAGGAUAAAUUUGGAAAUUUAGGAAAAAUUGGAGAUGCAUGAAGAAGGUUGAGGUGACAUGGGUCUUUGAUAUAUAAAAGGAGAAUUAAACAGAGAAAGAAAGGAAAAAAAGAAAUAGAAAAAGAAAAAAGAAAAGAAAAAAAGCUGUUUAUCAUCAUGCAUAUCUCAAUUUCCCUAAACAUGAACCACAAUGUAAAAUUUGCAGAAGAUGAUGUAGAACAGUGGUGAAAGCAAAGCAGCCUAAAAGCCUUUCUUCAUGCACAA